AUGACUAAGGAUGUUCCUCACAUGUCUGAGGAUGUCCCUGAUAUGGCUGAGGAUGCACCUGAGAUGACUGCGAACGUACAGGUUGAUGAUGGGGCUGAGGGGUCACAUGCUGAUGAUGCUGAGGGAUUCCCAGGUGGGCCACGUGACCCAUCAGUGCUGACAUCAUUUGCGGACCAUGUUGCACACGCCAUUUGGGGUGGACAGGAACGUCCUGAGUUGAAGUUGGUGUCGCACGGGAGGAAGGUGACAUUAAUUGGGAGGCCAGUGCCUGAGAUUGAAGGACUGGUUGGUACCACAAGAUUAAGUCCAUUGAUCGGGUAUUCAGUUGUAACCGGCGAUCCUGGACUUAUAUCCGCAUUUGUGGAGAGGUGGCACAUCAAGACCAGCACCUUCCACCUUCCAGUAGGAGAGUUGACGAUCACACUAGAUGAUGUGUCGUCACUCCUCCAUUUGCCUAUCAGUGGCGCGUUCCACAGCUUUCAUGCUCUUUCUGUGGAUGAGGCAAUAUUUUUGUUGACCGAGUUGCUUGAGGUGUCUGCUGAGGAGACUAGAGCCGAGACAACACGAUCACGUGGGACAUAUGUACGGUUGGGAUGGGUUCAAGACAUCUAUAAGAUGAGAUGUGAGGCCUGGCGAUGGAUUGUAGCAGCUCGUGCUUAUCUGCUGCACCUGGUCGGUUGCACUCUUUUUGCUAACAAGAGUGCAACAUAUGUUCAUGUGGUGCACCUAGAGGCUUUUCGCGACCUAGGCCAGAGUGGUGGUUAUGCCUGGGGAGUUGCCGCGCUGGUUCAUAUGUACGACCAGUUAGAUGAAGCUUCUAGGACCACUACACGACAGAUUGCGGGGUACCUGACUUUAUUACGGUGCUGGAUCUAUGAGCACUUUCCUAGUGUAUAUCAGUGCGUCAUAGAUGAUGCGUACGAAGAGACGUCCCCACGUGCUUCCCGGUGGCUGAUGUCGAAGGCGCAUAUGAAGGGAAUUACAGGAGCACCGUACCGGGCACGUUGUGAUGCUUUGACGGUCACAGAUGUGUGCUAG